ACGAUAGCCCUGCAUGGCCGAGGUCUCAGAAUCGUCGGUAUGGUGCUACGCUUCAAUAAAUUGAAUGUCUUACUGGCUCUUAUGUUCACCUUUCAUUGGUGCGCUGGAAAACGCGUCGACUUGAUGACGUUCCUGAAGCAAGGCAGUACGAUUUGGACGCUCUACUCUAACAUUACCGCUAACAUGACUUGUCAAAAUGAUCGAGUGACACAUAAGAAUUGGAGACAUGUUACACUGAAUAGGACAUUUUUAAAUGAAAGCAAAAAGUCAUCAUUUAUUAUUAAAGACGUAAUUACGAUGAGCUUUCCGGAAUUCACAGACAGUCUGCUGAUACCUCCUUACAAAGGUCCAACGUACCUAAUCGAAAAAAUAUUAUUCCAAUCGGAUGACAACUCAUGUGGUGUAUUUGAUGUGCAGUAUUACAAGAACAAUGCGGUAAAUGGACCAUCAGGCAUACCAUUCUGGGGAAUUUUAGCACUGGAACGUCGUGAUGCGAUAUCAGCUCGUUAUUUACCCACACCAGGAAGUCUGCUGUCUAGAUGGCUUGAAGUUCGUGUAUGGAAUUCCACAAUUGAUCAAAUUGAAAAAGAACUGAACAGUUCUUGCAUAAAACAUUAUGGUCAGUACAGACCAAAGAAUAAUAAAACGAUAUAUAAUACAACAUGCCGUCAACUCACACAAGCAUUGUAAGAAGAACCAUUGGCAAGAGGACCAUGAAACGCAUGUUAUGUAGUGUUGAAAGACCACCGCAUACUGUCGUUUUUUAAUGUGCAACUGUAAUAAAAUUGAGGAAGUGCUGGAUAUGU